AUGGCGUCGUGGAUGAAGCGGGAACGAUCUUUAGCAGACGAGAGCCCCUCAACGGGGAAGAAACCUAGAGUUAAUUACGAUGGUCAGUCUCUGACCACCAGUCAUCGCGUCGUUCUUAACACUGCCGAUUGUGAUCUAGAUUUCGACAUUGAAGGAGAUGGCCUUAAAGGUUCUGCACUUUAUGAGCAUGGAUUUGCUUAUUGUUGGUCCGGUGCUCGUGCCAACAUAGGUAUAACUGGAGGGAAGUAUUGCUUUAGUUGCAAAGUUGUCUCGCCACAGCUAGUUGAUAUGGAUGACACACCCAUCGACCAGAAACAUCUCUGUCGCGUGGGCAUCUCUAGGGGAGAUGACAAAGUGGGAAACCUUGGGGAAACUGAGCACAGCUUUGGCUUCGGGGGAACUGGAAAAUUUUCCAAUGCUGGAAAGUUCUCCACUUAUGGAGAAAAAUUCGACAUUGGGGACACAAUUCUUUGUGCAGUUGAUCUGGAAAGUAAACCAAUGGCUUCAAUCAGUUUCACCAAGAAUGGAAAAUGGCUGGGCACUGCAAGGCAUUUUAAUGCCGGUCCAACUGGUCUAGGAGUGAUUGAUUCACCAAUCAAAGAGCUGCAUUGGGAGUCGGCCGUCUUCCCACAUGUGCUAUUAAAAAAUGUUGUGGUUCAGUUGCAGUUCAGCUACGAAGAUGGUUUGGUUCCACAAGAUGGGUACAGGCCAUGGGCAUCUGCUAUUGAGGAUGGAAAGGGUUUGUUGGGACCUUCGUUUUCGGAUGUAUAUAACUGUGAAUUAAUCAUGAUGGUUGGGUUACCUGCCUCUGGGAAGACUACUUGGGCAGAAAGAUGGGUGAAUGACCACCCAGAAAAGCGUUAUAUUCUGCUAGGAACAAACUUGGCUCUGGAUCAAAUGAAGGUUCCUGGUCUGCUUCGCAAGCAGAACUAUGGUGAGCGGUUUGAUUGCUUAAUGGACCGUGCGACUAUGAUAUUUAAUACCCUGUUAACCAGGGCUUCCAAAACACCACGUAAUUUCAUUAUAGACCAGACAAAUGUCUACAAGAGUGCUCGUAAGCGCAAAUUGAAGCCUUUUGCUAAUUUUCAGAAGAUUGCAGUUGUGGUUUUCCCACGGCCAGAAGACCUUAAAGCCCGCAGUGCGAAAAGAUUUAGAGAAAUGGGAAAGGAGGUUCCUGCUGAAGCUGUCAAUGAAAUGCUAGCCAAUUUUGUUUUGCCUAAGAGCAAGGAUAUGCCUGGGACAGAUGAGUAUUUUGAUCAGGUCAUAUAUGUAGAACUCAACAUGACAGAGUCGAAGAGAUGCUUGGAUGAGAUGAAAGCAAAAAUGCAAUUAGGCAUCAGUGUCUCUCCUUGUUCUCAUCAAAGUUCACUCCAGUCGUAUAGUAGCAAUCCGGUGAGACAUUCACAGGAGAAUGUGUUGCAACCUCACAGGAGUUCAUCAACACAUCAAUAUCCUCCUGAAAGUUCUACCCAUUUUAGUCAUCCAACUUCAGGUCAUUAUGCUCAAGGAAAUUCUUUGCCAACAUAUGACUCCCCUGCAUUACAAUAUCAAGCGACUCCAUCAGGAGGAAAUUGGCAAGGUUCUUAUCCAUCUCAGCCUAUAUUGCCUAAUAUGCAUGGGAAUGAACCAAGCAAAGGCAGAUUUCUCCCUAGGGAUGAUUUUAAUCACCGUCGCAGUUACAGUGGGUAUGAACAUAGAGCAUCGGCUCCUAUGGGAUUUUCUGACUCUUACCAGAGAAAUUCAUCCUAUGGAGCUCGCGUCGAGUACCAUACUCCCAGUAAUGAAACCAUGGAUUUAUCUCCUAGGUACACUGCAAAUGUGAUUCACCAUGGCCCCCCUAUAGAACGCUAUGCAACAAGUUCAUCUUUCUAUGAUGCCUCUGGUGGACCCCUGUCUGCCUCUGGUGCGCCCCAGGUUGAUAUGCACACUCCAACCCAAUCCAGAUUUCUGCCUGCUACAUCAAUUCCUUACGGUUCUGCUUACGGAACUCCGGAUUCAAUGAACCCGCAAGGAAAUUACCCGCCAAAUUACGAUGGAUAUCAGUCUCGUUUAAGGUACUACUGAGGAUUACUCUCUAAUUACACUUAAAUAUGUUGAUGAAAUUUUAAAGUAGAUGUAGGUAUUUUUGAUAUUGAUGGUCUUACAUUUUGAACUUGGAAGAGAGGGAUUAUGGAAUAUGGUAUGUACAUCUUCAUAUUUUUAUGAAAUGGAAAGGAAAAUAAAUCA